GUUGUUGUAGUUACUGGUUUAAUAAAUCCAAAGGAAUUAGGAAGAACGUUAACUCACGAACACCUGUCAAUUAAUUCAAGUGCAUUUUUUAUUGAACCCUCUGAUUCUGAGUUUAAACCAAAUGCUCACAAACCAAUUGCUCUGGAUAAUUUUGGCUGGAUUCAAAGACACCCCUACAGUCACUUAUCAAACCUACAAAUUGAUUCAUCUGAUGAAGAAACUAUUAUAGAAGAAUUGAAAUAUUUGAAGGCACAUGGAGGCAGUGGAAUAGUUGAGAAUUCAACUGUAGGUCUUCAUCCUGAUAUAAAUUUUAUUAAAAGAGCAUCAGUGGAAUCAGGAGUCAAAAUAGUGGCUGCCACAGGCUUUUAUGUAGAUGGUUUCCAAGAUGAAACUACAAGAGCGUUGUCAGUAGAAAAGCUCUGUGAAAGAAUUAGACAUGAUAUUAUCGAGGGAGUAAGAGAAACAGGGAUCAAAUGUGGUGUUAUAGGGGAAGUUGGGUGCACAUGGCCACUUUCUGAAUUUGAAAAGAGAUCAGUUCAAGCAUCUGCUAUCAUGCAACAAGAAUUGGGUGCACCAGUUAUAUUCCAUCCUGGAAGGAACCAAGAGGCACCAUUUGAAACAUUACAGGUAUUCCUUGAAGCUGGAGGAAAAACAGACAAAGCUGUCAUGUCUCAUUUAGAUAGAACAUUCUUGGAUGAAUCAAGACUUUUAGAAUUUGCCAAUACUGGUAUAUAUUGUGAAUAUGAUCUAUUUGGAAUUGAGAUGUCAGACUACCAACUGUGUCCAAGUUUUGAUAUGCCUAGUGAUGGACAGCGUAUUCAAUGGAUCAAGCUUUUGUUAGAUAAUGGAUAUGAUGAUAAAGUUUUGAUUGCUCAUGAUAUGCAUACAAAACAUAGACUGAUGAAAUAUGGUGGUCAUGGUUAUUCACACAUAUUGCUUAACAUUUUACCUUACAUGGAAAGAAGGGGAAUAACCCAGCAAGAAAUUGAUAAAAUACUUAUUCACAAUCCUAGAAAAUGGUUGACAUUUCUUAAUUGA